AUGCAGAACACCAAAGACACGUCGACAAAACCGCCGCACCUCACCCACUCGCCCCCGACUCCGCCGCCCGAGAAGCAGCAGCAGCAGCAGCACACGCACACGCACACGCACCAUGAAGACGCAGCUUCAGAUACGUACACCGAAGACGACGACUACGUCGUCAUUGAGUGGGAGGAAGAUGAGGCUGAGCGUGCAAUAGACCUCGCCAACUCGGCCGACCUCUCCUCGUCGGCCGCCGACCUCGCGGCGUCGGCGUCGUCGCUGGACGACCUCAGCUCGUCGUCGGAGCUGCUGAUGGCGCGCAGCACCGGCAGCCAGCGCUCCUGGCACGGCAUCCCGUACGACCGCAACCCGGACCAGCACAAGGCCCACUGGUACCACGACUGGCUGCGCGACAAAAAGGUCGAGAGGGCCGACCCGUGGGGCUUCUCCAGCACCGGCGUGUCCAGGACCGCUAGCCCGGCGAGGGGCGCCACGGCUUGA